ACUAAAGAUGGGGGAGCAAGGUGAUUGGCUGGAGGCUAACAGAGGGGACUGGGCAGCCCUUUUGAAUUCCCAGGCCCAGACUGGUGCAGCCAAGGGCCCAGGGGACAACAUCACUGAGCAGGGCAGAACCAGAGGCGACAUGGUGGAGGUCAGUGGAUGGGACAGCGUCUUCAACUCUGGACUUGGGAACAACACUGUUAACCACAACCAGAAACAGACAUUCGAACACAAAGCAACAGCUGAACUUAGUCUCCAUGACAACAGACUGGCUGAGACCAGGGAGAGGGGUAGAUUUGGUCUGCAAGGACGGGGGCGUGUCCCUAUGCAGCGGGAGAGAACAGACACAGACUCGGCUAGUGAUGCUCCGUCCUGCUCCUAUAGUUGUGAUUCAGAGCGACUGAUGACGCCUCAGAUAAACCCCCUAAAAGGUGCAGCCUUCAGCCUGCCUUCUAUAGGAUCUAUCAACUGGAACAUGGACCCUGUGACAACACAGACCCUCCCUGGCCUUCAUCCUCCUCACACUCUCCUUAUGUUAAACCAGACCUCAGACAAUGCCAGUGCCUCAACACUAAAUGGCUACACAUGCCCAUUGACAAAUGACAGUAGUGGUGACGCUAUCAUCAGAUCCGGUGGCAAAGAGAAGCGCUUCCCAUGUUCAUUCUGUGGGAAAGCCUUCAAUUUCCGCAAACAGCUGGAGAUCCACCAGAGGAUGCACACAGGGGAGAAACCAUUCGGUUGUCACUUAUGCCGAGCCAGUUUCUCCCACUCGUUCACCCUGAAGAGGCACCAGAGGGUCCACACAGGGGAGAAACCCUACACCUGCCCCCACUGUGAGAAGAGGUUCUCCCACCAGCACCAUCUGAAGAGGCAUUUGAAGGUCCAUACGGGAGAGAGGCCGUUCGCCUGCACUAACUGUGGGAAGAGGUUCUCAGACAGGAGCUACCUCAGGAUACACCAGCAGAAAAACCAUUCCCAUCUAUAACUAUUCCACUCGAUAGCUUCUGAUGUUUAGAUCAGACCAUGCAUUAAAGACAAAUAUGCAUUUUUUGUUGUCAGCAGAAAAGAUCCACAAAUGCAUUUGGAAUAACAAGAGUAAUAGAUUUCAGAUUUUCAUCUAGAUUUGUACAGUGCCUUCAGAAAGUAUUCACACCCCUUGACUUUUUACACAUUUUGUUAUGUUACAAAGUGGGAUUAAAAUGGAUUUAAUUGUACUUUUUAU